AUGGAGGAGGCCGGGAGAGAGCGGGACAGGGCGGCGGUGGCGGCGGAGGAUCUCGGCGUCUCCACUAAGGAUACAGCAGUUGUAAACACAAAGCCAGCAAAGCGAUACCCACUUGCGUUAUGGAUAGCCAUAUUGGGCCUGAUAAUGCUAGUCGGCGUGUACAUAUUCUCGUUGUCUCUAAAGCAAAACGGGAUGCUUUUCGGGCUCAUGCAGACAAAUCUGAUAGAAAAGGAAAGGGAGAAACCUUGUCAUGACCCCAGUAUUCCAGACACAGAAAUCCCUUACUUGCACUACCCGAUGCCAAAUACUUAUGAUAGGAAAGAAUGUGCGUGCACUGGGGUUAGGUUCUUUGCUAUCUUGUCAAUGCAGAGGUCAGGGAGUGGAUGGGUUGAGACAUUGUUGAAUAGCCAUCCUAAUAUUAGCUCCAAUGGAGAGAUCUUUUCUGUCAAAGAUAGACGCAGUAAUAUCACUGCGAUCACGAAAACACUGGACAAAUUGUACAAUUUGGAUUGGUAUAGCAGUGCUGCUAAGAAUGAAUGUACGGCUGCCGUGGGGCUGAAAUGGAUGCUCAAUCAGGGUCUAAUGAAGCACCAUCAAGAGAUAGUUGAAUACUUCAACCGAAGGGGUGUUUCUGCAAUUUUUCUACUAAGAAGAAAUCUUCUCCGGCGUUAUGUCUCUAUAUUAGCAAAUGCUCAUGAUAGUGCCAUGAAACAGCUGAAUGGAACUCAUAAAGCUCACGUGCACUCCAAACAUGAGGCUGAAAUUCUUGCUCAAUAUAAGCCAACCAUUGACAAAAAAACAUUGAUUACUGAACUAAAACGGUCUGAUAAGUUGGCAUCUGAUGCCUUGGUGAAUUUCAAGAACACCAGGCAUGUUGUUCUGUACUAUGAGGAUGUUGUCAGCAAUCGCACGAUGCUCAUGGAUGUCCUAGAUUUUCUAAGAGUGCCAAAGAGGAAACUGUCCAGUCGACAUGUGAAAAUCCACACUAAACGAUUGUGUGAUCAUAUCGAUAACUGGGCAGAUGUUAAUAAUUUUUUGAAGGGGACACGGUUCGAGAGCUUUUUGAAUGGCUCAAGGAGAUGA